AUGUUUCUCAAAUUGCUUGUAAUCAUUUCAAUACUGAAACAAACGGCAUGCGAGACAGAUCUUCGUGUGAUCACCACACUGAAGCAUUCUCCAUACUAUGUGAAGCCAACCAUAGUUAACGGCAAGCCUGCGGUGACGGGAGACGUGCCGUAUCUGGUCUCCAUAAAGGAACCUGUGGGUAGGAUAGGGAAUGGAAGGAUUGUCUGGAAGAAUCUUUGCGGUGGAAGCAUUAUAUCAAAGUAUAAGAUCCUGACAGCAGCGCACUGUUUUGAUGCCAACAACUACUUUUAUUACAAACACCCUUCCAAGCUACGCGUCGUAGCCGGCGACCUUCGCACACAAAUCACCCAUCCCGGAGAGACUGAGACAAACGAGUACACCCAAUGGCGAUCCAUAGACAACAUCAUAAUCCACCCAUUAUACCACUUUCCUACCAACGAUAUCGCUAUAACAAUUCUGGAUGCACCCUUAAACUUCACCCACAACGUCGAUUAUAUUAUGACUGCAUCCGUUAACACGAAUUAUCCGGGUACAUGCUUAACCGCAGGUUAUGGUAGAACGGGUUACAAUGGAAACUCUGUAUCCCCGGUUGUAUUAAUUACUCGGAUUAACACUUUAUCUUUAUGGAAAUGUUCUUUAAUGUGGGAGAUGAAUAUGAAUUCAUUCAUUUGUUCGGAUUCUUCAAUCAGCGAUGUUGCUAAGGGAGACUCGGGGGGACCUUUAGUUUGCAAGGGAACUUCAGACCCCAAUGAGAGGUCUAACCGAGAUUUGCUAGUAGGGGUCGUUAAUGGAAAGAAUUUCGACAAAACAUCCCUUUACACCAGAGUAUCGGCGUAUAAGGAUUGGAUUGCUGACUAG